AUGAUAAAAGAAGAAGUACCUGAUAAAGAUUUUCCAGAUACAGAUCGAAUAUCAUCGUUAAGAAGUCGGAAUAAAGGUGGCAUUGUUACAUCAUUAACCACAAACAAUGGGAAAACCCAACAACAAACAGAUCGUUUAACCAAUUGUAAAACACCAGAUUCACCAGAAGGUGCACGUUUAUCAUCAUCAAAUUCGUCCACAUCCUCAUUAGGUGGUAGUAACAAUGUAUCCACCUCACAACAACAAUCUCAAUCUCAACAACAAUCAACAACACUAUCUAGUCAACAACAAUUAAACUCUAGUCUAUCACCAAAUCAUCAAUCACAGAGCAGCAGCACACCAAAUAAUACAAACCUAGUCAGCAGACAUCAUUCACCACCACGUAUCACAACACAAUUGGGUGUUGUUGUCACAACAAAUGGUGGUGCUUUAAGUCCAUCAACAAUGCCAACACACAUGACUUCGAUCACUUCAGGUGGUCCUACUUUAUUACAUCAUCAUCGUGCAUCAACAUCACCAGAUACUGUUAAUAAUUUAGUUGUCACAACAACACCACCGUUAUCAUUAACUGUAGAUCAUAAUACAGCUGCAGUGACUAGUCAACAGAAUAGUGGUGGUGGUGGUGGUGGUGGGGUUAGUGGUGGGGGUAUAUCAACAUUAUCAACAACAAAUCAUAAUAAUAAUAAUUAUUUGAAUUAUAAUCCGUUACGACAAUUGAAUAAGGUGAAACGAUUUUUAUGUACGUUGGUCCAAUUUGGUGCUGAUAUUGGACCGGAUAUUGGUGAUCGUGUACGAAGUAUGGUGUUAAGUUUAGUGAGUUCAAAUUUAAGUAUAGAAGAAUUUCAUCAAGCGCUUCAAGAUGUUACCAAUUUUCCAUUACGACCAUUUGUGUUACCAUUUCUUCGAGCACAUUUACCACUACUGCAACGAGAAGUCCAUAAUUUAGCAAGAGCGUCAAAACAGUCCACCUUACAAUAUGUUCGAACACAUGAUCAUAUUGUACUCGAUCCAACAUUUUCACCGAGUGAAGCAUCCGAAAUAUUCUUCUCAAACGAACAACAACAGCAAACGUCGAUUAUUGCACCAAAACGACGUGCGUCUGAUAGUUUCUAUGAAAAUGGUAUCCCAUCAAACGGUUCGAAUUCAUUAAUAACCUCAACAAUACCCACACAACAAUCAAACGAAUCCAACCACGAAUACAACAUUCCAUCAAAACGACAAAUCACAUCACAAUAUUAUCAACAGAAUCCAUUUCUAUUAUCAACAGCUGGUACAAUACCAGCCCCAAAUAUAUCAACACAUGCAUCAACAUUUUUUCUACCAACAAAUGCAACAACAAAUUUACCAACAAUUGGUGGUGGUGGAGGUGCUGGUACACUUCAAACACAAAUAGUUGAUCCAUAUGCGAAUACAAAUACAAAUCAUGUCCAAUCAGCAACAAUGACUCCGGCCAUACCGAAUAAAAUUGAGAAUGAUAGUAAUGAAAAUAGUAGCUAUCGACAUUUUAGUACAAAUUUAUUAUGUGGCAAUAAUAAUGGCUCGAAUCGGGGAGAUGAAGAAUGGAAAAAUAUUCAUGUUAUGUUAAAUUGUAUAUUAUCAAUGGUGGAGAAAACUAAACGAGCAUUAACGAUAUUACAACAACGGAACGGACAAGAUCAGACUAACGAUUGGUUAAGGAAACAAGAUAUUGGGAUUGAUUUUAAAAAGGCUGCAAAUGAAAUUAUGAUUCAAGCAAUAAGACAAACUGAAGAUCGUGUUGCUGAAGUAAAACGAAAAGCUGAAGAAGCUGUAAGUGAAGUGAAAAAGCAAGCAGUUAUCGAAUUACAAAAAGCUGUACAACUUGCAGAAACUAAAGCCUGUGAGCUUGUGGCAAAUGAACGAGCAAAAAUGGAAAAAAUUUUAUUAGAUGUCAGAAAGAAAUCAACUGAUGAUGUUUUAUUGAGCCAACACGAUGUCCAUGACAACAGUCAAUCACCUCCAAUUAACGCUCAACCGGCAACUUCUAGUCAAAAUUCAUGCUGGAAUUGUGGACGAAAAGCAAAUGAAACGUGUAGUGGAUGCAACGUAGCUCGAUAUUGUGGGGCAUUCUGUCAACACAAAGAUUGGGAAAAUCAUCAUGCUGUAUGCUGUCAACAAAACACGUUAUCCGCAUCGAAAUUAGCAUCGAUUUUAAAUCCAAAUAACAAUUCAAAUAAACUAUCAAAUUUACAAUCCAAUCCGUCAAAUCCAACACAAAUUACGAAACCGUCACGUAAUGAUACCUGCACAACAAAUCGAUCAAGUACACCGGUAUCAUCGACGAAUUCGAGGAAUAGUAGUCGAGAUACUGAUCGAAAUUCAAGUAUCAUUUCAAAAUGACGUUGUAGUAAGCUACUAAAGACUUAUAACGGUAAAAUUCGUUUAUCUAGGAAAUAAAUCGCUUCAAGAUUUACGUUCAGUUUCCUGGAAAUUAUGUGUACCAUAAUUUUUUAUUUUAAAUUUGUUAUUUGACAGAGCACCAUGUUAAAAAUUUUCUGUAAUUCUUCAAAUAUUUGUCUGUAAAUAUGAACUUAUAUGUUGCACAAGAUAUGUUUAAGGUGGCAGGGGGCAUCUCUGGCAGGGCUGUACUAUCUCAUUCCUGUUCUAUGAAGUGUAGCCUGGGGAUAUCGAUUUGAGGUUUGUCAUUUUCUUAGUUGAUUAAACUUUAUGAGUAUAAUAACUACUAGAGUUCGGCAAGCCUCAAUCCAAUAAAUUCGAACCAAUAGUCAGUAAGAAUUUGUCAAGGCACACAUCUUGGGAGCAGGGCUUUAGAGUUUGUUCCACUUGAAGUUUUAGAACUUUUCAAAUUUUUCUUCAUAAC